CUCAAUUUAUUCAUUUCAAUUCGCAGCUGAAAGAAAUCCAAACAAUGGAGAGAGAGUGCAUGAGGAAGAAGAGAGAGAGUUUGGAGGAGAGAAGAAGCCCACUGCAAAAUCUCAAUGGCCUUCCAAUUCACAGACGCAAUACCAAAAACAUCUCCCCCAUUUCUUCGUCUUCCGCGCCUGCUGCUUCAAGAUCAUCGCUCUCUGUUAACAAUACAUCUUCUUCAACUCCAUUUUCUCAUUCUUCGAAAACCCAUUUUCACAAUAAACAAAACCCUCUUCCAAAAGCAGCAAAAUUCAAGCCCAAUGUUCCUACAUCAAGAAAGCCCUUUUUGCAGACAUCAAGAAAGGAUCUUGAUGCAAAACCCACUUGCAAGAAUCGGCAAAGAUCAAAACUUUCUCCUGUUCAUGGAAAAUCCGAGAAAGGGUCUCAAGAAUUCCAGAAAAAGAUGAAAAUUUCAGAUGAUUUAGUUUAUGAGGGAGGUGAAGCUGCAAAUGAUGUGAAAACACACCUGUUGAGUGAGGCAUCAUUGUCCCCUGAAAUUCAAUGCCAAUCCCAAUCUAGAAUGGUGGUUCUCAAAUCUGUUGGGACUCCUGUUUUAUACGGUGCUGGUCACCUCGUGUCGGGUAUCUCUGAUAGGCGAAAAUCGAAGCUCAAAGGCAGCCUUAAAUGAGGGCUGCAGGAAAGGGGGAUCAUUUUUCUGAUGAGAAUGCGAGUGGUGAUUUGCAGGUUCCUUUGCUUGCUGAGGCUUCUGUUAGGUGGCAUUUGUCUCCCUGUGACCUUAGGAAUAGGUUUGACCAAGAUAGGAAUGUAUGUGAUGAUGAUUCAGGCACUGCCGACUCGUUAUCUUGACCUUCGAUUUUGUGUGAUAAGAGUAGUUAUAGUGGUAAUGGUAGUGUAAGAAAUGUGGAGAUUGAUAGGAGUAAUGUAGCUGCUGUGCUCACAAAGAAUUUGGAAUGUAACAUGGAUGAAUCUCUUGCUUGUUUGAAUAGUGGAAAUAUGAUUCAGACACCGGAUUCAGAUUCCAGCUCAGGGAUGCGUUUUGGCAGGUCUAGGUUCGAGGUGAAUCUUAGCAACUCCUUUUGGCCAGAUUCAAUAACUGAACUGCUUGAGGGAGUGAAAUUAUCACCUAGAAAUGAGGUUUCAAUGUGGGGUGGUAUAUUUGUUCACCUCCCGUUUCUCUUGUUCCAACCCGGAUACAGAAAAAUGUAGACAGUGUUUCUUCUUGGGUAUCUGAUACUACUAGUGAUAAUCUUACCUUAUCUCAAAUGAGAAUAUCAUGGUGUGAAAUCGGCGGUGAAGUGGAUGAGUUUGACUCCUGCUAUCAGAUGAAGAGAUUGAUGGAGAUAAAGCUUGUACAGUUGUUGGUUCUGUUGAACAUGAGGAUGAUGGUUUUAGGAUAGGAAACGAGCUUUCCCCGGUGAUUCUUGACUACGAACCUUGCCUUCCUGCUGAAGGGAAGGGCAAGUCUUUCUCAACUGGAAGUAAUGCAUGAGCUGAGUCCAUAUGCACUGGCUUGCUUGCUUCUGAUGGUUCGGAUUGGAGUUAUUUCAACGUCGGAUAGAGCAGUAGAAAGUGAGUAUCUACUUUUUCUUGCUUUUGUGCAUUUAAAGUUGAUAGAAGAUAUUUGAGAAUAAGCUUUCAAUGUCAAUUUCGAAUAUGGAAUUAGAAGACAAUUACAUAGAAACAGAAGAUUUAAACUAUUAGCCUAUUUGUAGUGUGCAAGAAAUUUGUAAGAUGUUUGGAGUUGUGUU